AUGGUGCAGCGAGAUUGGGUUGCUGCGUGCGCGGUACGAAGAGCUGUGUCGGGACUAUUCUCGUCGGUUUGCUCCGAACGUUGCGUCGGAGGAAGGCGAGGUUCGUGUUUCUCCGCGAUAAAGCGAGGAUCUGCGCGACCCGGAGCAUUAGGCAAGCGAGCAAACGAUCCGGAAGGACUGCACGCGCACGUUCAGCCAGCUUCUGUUCUUCAAGAGCGCGGCGGUGCAGGACCUGAUCGUGCGGCUGCUGCUGGUCUUCGCGUUCGCUCACCCGGAAAUCGGGUACAAGCAGGGCAUGACGGACCUGCUGGCCGUGCUGCUGCUCUGUCUGUACUGCGACCGGUGGCGACUGGGCGGCGGAGGCGAAGGCGAAGGCGAAGGCGAAGGCGGAGGCAGUCUUCCCCAACGGACCCAAGACAUGCUGGACGAACAUCUGCGCUUUCAGAGCCAAGCGUAUCGACAAGAGGCGGAGGCGUUCCGGCGAACUCUUUCUCCCUCGCAGCGCCAAGCCAUCGCGUGUCUGCAGAUUCUGACCUCUUUAAAGUAUCUGGAACACGACUGCUUUUGUCUUCUGGAGGCGAUGUUCGCUCCCCUUCGAGGCUGCUAUGUGUCGGACAACAGCGAUUCGAGUCUGGAAUCGCGCAUGGAUCGCGUGAUGUGGCUGGUAGGACGCUGGGACUCUGCGUUGGGAAGCCAUCUCGCUAUGCUGGAAAUCCACCCCUCGAUGUUCCUAUUGCGUUGGAUUCGGCUUCUGUUCUGCCGAGAAUUUGCUUUGGAGGAUGUGCUCUAUCUCUGGGAUCGGCUGUUUCUGCACGCUCUGCCCGAUUUCCCCGCGGUUCCCUAUCUCUGCACAUCGAUUCUGCUGGGCAUGAGAGAGAGGAUAAAGGGGUGCGAAUCGAUCUCGAUGUUGCUAUCAGCGAUGCAGGAAGGACCGAGAGCAUUAAACAUAAGUGCGGUAUGGGAACUAACGAUGUGGUUGUGGCAAGUAAUAGAGGGCGAAGCUGCUUUUAA